UUGGGAAAGAGUUCUGGGUUGUGCAACUCCCUUUCCUUAGUCCAUGAUGCAAUAUUUUAUGUAGAAGGCCUUUCACCGUCGCUGGUAAAUUCAAAAUGAAGGAGUUAUGGGGAAUAAUAACAGGACGGUGGGUCACACUGUGGAUUAUGGAGCUGAUGAGGAAAAGUGUAUCAGGUGUAAUAAUGAAGAGGAAAAACAAACUGUACGGUGUGAUUCAGGAAGACACUGGAGGAUAAUCUGAUCUUCUAGAUGACACCGAUUCAGGUCAACAAGAGUUGUGAUGAGCUUUACAUGGGUGGUAAAUAUAACUACUCCACAUCACUACAUUGCAAGGACCCUGAGAUCAACUGGAAAUCGCUGGAUGAGAUUGCGCUGGGCCAAGAAAGAUUUUUGAUUCGUGAUUACUGUGAGAGUGGGAUUCAGUGCACUGUAACGUGUACUAAUCCAGUUAAUGAGAUGGAAUACAUCUUUAACGUUUUCAACAGCUCUACGCCAACCACUGAAGCUGCUAAUGUGUACGGAACUCAAAUCAACACCAUCAUCUCCAUUGUAAUCUCCAUCAUCGUGGUUGCCAUUCUGAUCGUAGGCCUGAUUGUAGGAAUGUGCUACAGAAAACGAAGGGUGAUAGUAGGACUCGGGGAGAAAUUGAUUCGUGGCUGCUGUCAACGAGCAGAUGAAAAUAACAGGUCAGACAUCCCACUGGAGGACAUUACAGAAAGAAACACUGAAGGUGAAGCUCAAGUGAACACCUCAAAUAAUGAAAGCGUGGACCCUGGCAAUGCGAGCGCUAACGGCUUUAUGAACGGUGAUGUUAGAACUGAAGAAGCUCGACCACUCCGACUGCAUCCUUACAGUGUAAGAGUUAAACCUUUACUACUGUACGUAGAUGAACAGGACUGAUGGGGAUGAAUAUUACUAGAUGGAUGGAGAUGAUGUGAUGGAUAAAUAUAUUAUUAUAUAAUGAGAUGGAGGAAUGUAUAAAUGUAAUGUAUGAAUGAUUUUCUGUAUUCUUUAAUUAUUUUAUUUCUUUACUGUGUUUUGUCCGUCAGUGAUGUGUGCAGAGUCGUCGAGAGCGAGUGAAGAUUACGGUUCAACUUCAGAACUUCCAUCCAGUCUGCUUCUGCCUUUUCUACAGUCGCACUUUCCUUACACUUUUGUAUCUGAGACACUUUUGAAAUCAACAGUACAAUUAAGUAGUUAAACUGAUACUGUGGUAUUAUAGGGCUCUAGAUAAAAGUGUCAUUUUUAAUCAUGACAAAGCAGAUCAAAUUUUAACUUCAGACAUUUUUUUUAUACUUUGUAGCAGUAUUUUGGUGUAAAAAUGUAUUUUCAUAUGUAGUACUUGCUAUAUAAAUAACAUUUAUAAGAACUCAUUUUUGCCAAAGAAAGGGAAGAUCAAACCAAAGAACCCCAAGAUAAAAAAAAAAACAAAAAAAAAAAACACUUUUAGCUUCUCUUCUGCACUUUUAAACACUGCACAUACUUAUGCACUUUUGUUAUGCUCUACCCUUUUAGCUGUGACGAUAGCUGGGGCUGGGCAUAUAACUGGAAACUGCGCUAUCCCAUAAUGCAACGGGACUGGCAUGGAAGAGCUGUCAGAAUCAAACCUGGCUUUUUAAGCUGUAGGUCGUAUGACUAUGCCAACCUGGCGGCUGUAGUACUUAUAAGCCCUUUCCUUAACUUGUACUGUGGGGCCAACCCUUAGGCUGGGUCGUCAUCAACACUACUCUACGUCAUCGAAUCAACGCUAUAAAGAGCACAGCUGGCGGCUUUGUCAGCAGCCCAGUGCUCAUUCCUUUUUUUUCUGUCUGUUCUGUAUGUAUUUUUUUUUGUGUGUAAAUUUAUCAUCACACUUUAUAUACCGUUACCAGGUGUAGGGUUCAGCUGCCGUUUGUCUGUGGGUUUUGUCUGUUUUAUUUUAUUUUUAUUCAUUUUUACCCAUAUUGCACAACAUUUUGUGUGUGUAUAAAAAAAAAAAAAUCAUAAACCAAA